AUGUGCACAAAUUUAGUUGUUGUGGCAAAUGCCAAGCUGAACACUCGGACAUGUCGCGGCCAUCGCCAGCGCAGUCGCCUGCUUCCCUCGUCGUCCAGCGCCCACCACUACCAGUACCACGUGCGUCCCACGGCGUCCGGAGCCGGCGGUCUGACGCGUCUGCCCGUCAUCGUCCACAGUCGCCCACAGCCGCCACCCCUCGUCGCCCUGGUGCCUCUGGCCGAUGAAACCGCCUCGAGUGGAACCACCACCACCACCCCCGUUGCCACCGUCUGCCGCUGGAGUCCGCGUGACAACAUUGUUUGA